CGAUCCAAUGAGUAAACGACUUGUAGGCGUUUGGCCAGAGCGGCAGGUUGGCAAACGGGCCAACUUGUGCACUCGCGUUUGGAAACCUUUCCCCGAAGGUGAUGAAAUUGGCAAGUUGUAGCCUGCGGGUGGAGGAGGGGCCGCUUUUUCUCUUUCUCAACUCGGCUCGCGUUGGAGGUUGGCCCGAAUGUUGCUCCAAAGAAGCGGCCGCCGACGACGACGACGCUCCGUGACGACAUCGCGGAGCUGACGCGGAAAAGAAAGUCACUUCGUUGACCACCAUACAUAUUUUUUUUUUCAUCUUAAAUUUUGAGCUUGUUUUUUCUCUUCUUCUUUUGUCCUUCCAAGCAGCAAACGGAAUUCAUCUCUCACCAUGUCUGAUGGGGAAUAUGAUUACCUCAUUAAGUUCCUAGCGCUGGGCGACUCUGGUGUGGGGAAGACCAGUUUCCUCUACCAGUACACCGACGGCAAGUUCAACUCCAAGUUCAUCACCACAGUGGGAAUUGACUUCAGAGAAAAACGAGUGACGUACAACUCCAUUGGUCCUGAUGGCACCUCAGGUCGAAGACAAAAGAUCCACAUGCAGCUGUGGGACACUGCAGGACAGGAAAGGUUUCGGAGUUUGACCACCGCAUUCUUUAGGGAUGCCAUGGGUUUCAUCCUCUUGUUUGACCUCACAAAUGAACAAAGUUUCCUCAACGUCCGAAACUGGAUGAGCCAGCUACAGGUUCACGCCUACUGCGAGAAUCCAGACGUUAUUCUGUGCGGCAACAAAUGCGACCUGGUCGAUCAGCGAGCCGUGAGUGAGGAAGAAGCCCGAGAGCUGGCAGAGAAGUACGGGGUCCCUUACUUCGAGACAAGCGCGGCGAACGGACAGAACGUCAUCGAGGCCGUGGACGUGCUGCUCGACCUCAUCAUGAAGAGGAUGGAGCGAUGCGUGGACAAGUCCUGGAUCCCGGACGGCACCUUCCGGACAAACGGUCACGGCAACCCAGACUUGGAGGAGGCCUCGGAAAGGAGCAAGUGCGCGUGUUAAGGCGGCAGGGGUGGAUGGGGGGGUUGGGGGGGGGGGUUGUUGUUUCAAUCCAAUGGGCCUGUUGAAAAUGGGAAAGCGUGAAAUCAAAUUGGUUCCCCCGCCCAAAUCUACUGAUUGCUGAUACACUUUUUUUUUUUUUUUUUAAAGAUGCGUUAUAACACUGUAGUAUGUCACUCGUGCCUUUUGAGUAAUAGAUGGACAUUUUUCAUUUGAUUGCAAAGGGUGGUGGAUAUUUAUUGACUACAAUUCUGAAAGGUCCAAAUAUAAUCCAGCAAAGUGAGUUGUUAUACAACACCGGCCAAAAAAAUAUGCCAUUAAAAUAAAAAAGUAUUUUCUGCUGGUAUACUUCUGGGAAGGUUUGUUCCUCUGAAUUCCAUCGUAAUGCUGCAAUUAAGAACUUUAACUUCAGUAUUUAUUAGAUGGUCAUUGUAUAUAUUGAUAUUGAAUGUAUACACUUGUGCCAAUUUGUUCUCAUCUCAGCAUGCACACUUAUAUAAUUUCAAUUCAAAUAGUUUAUUUUCACCGUUAUAGACAACACAUAGAGAAUCUCUCAGACUUGGCUAGCCAAACACGGAAUGUGCAAUAAUAAAUUGAUUACAGAAUUUAAUUAUUUGCCAUCAUUAAUGUUCAUAACAAUAACUUUUCUCUGUCUUUGAUGUAAUACAGAACAGAUUCUGUCAAAAUACACUGAAAAUCCAUAUUGACUGUUAAAUACAAAACUUUCAGCUGUACAUUUGAAGCAAAUUAUGUGCUUAAUGUAUUUUUUUUGUAUUCUGCAAAACCUUUAAAAAGCUUGUUCUUGCUUUUGUUUUGAGAACCACUGCAAUUCUUAUAUUCAUAGUUUACAUUUCAAAUUGUGCACACUUCAGUUGUAUUUACAGACUACUGUGUACGUAUCCUUAUUAAUACAUGAAUUGUAGUCACACCUGCAACAGGUUUUUUCAAAAGACUUAUUUUUGAAUUA